AUGACUAAUAUCCUUGCUCGAUUGGUGGAGCAACAGGGUCAAGUCCCUGUAAAUCAACCUAGGGAUGAUAUGGGGCAAGAUAGGGCCCUCGAGAGAUUCCAAACAUUCUCUCCUUCUAAGUUCCUGGGAGGCUCGGACCCUGAGGCAGCUGAGAGAUGGCUAGAGUCUAUGAUUAAUAUUUUCACUGCCUUAAAUUAUACGGAGGAUAGGCAGGUGCAAUUCACUGUAUUUCAGUUCGAAGGACCAGCUAGGGCCUGGUGGAAUGUAAUUAGGGCUAAAUGGGAAAGAGAGAGGACUGCAUGGACUUGGGUGAUCUUUGUGCGAGAGUUUAAUGAGAAAUACCUUCCACCGAUAGUCCAGGAGAAGAGGGAAUUUGAUUUUAUUAAGCUCCGUCAAGGAACUCUAAGUGUAUCUGAGUACGAGACUCAAUUCACUAAACUGUCAAAGUUUGCUCCCGAAUUGAUAGCUACGGAGCAACGGAGGGUUAGGAGGUUUGUACAGGGGCUCAAUGUGGAAAUACAGGAGGCCUUGGCAGCGGCCCAGAUUAACACUUUUACAGAAGUUUUGGAGAAGGCUCAAAGAAUAGAAAUUGCUAGGUUGAUUAGUCGUGAAGCAUGGAAGGUAGAAGAAGCCAGGAUCAGGGAGCUACUCGCGGGCGUGGCUCUAAUCGUGGGCGUGGGGGUAGACAGACACAGGGACCCACGCAAGAACCCAGAGGGGAAAGGGGUGAAACGAGUGGACCACAACCUGGACCCCAACUUAUCGGGGGGAUCAGGUGGCAACUGCGAUUCAACAGAUGACUAA